UGACUUUGGUCUGCCUCAAUUCUGCUCUCAUCUGGUGAUUCUGUCCCUGUCUGAUCAGACUGUGAGGAGUCUGAAGUGGUUGUGUUUUUGGUUCCAGGUUCUUUCUCCAGUGCUGGGCAUGAUGGGAAAGAUACAAUGACCUGCUGAAUGUUGACAUUGGGUGGCACUGAGGACAAAGUUGUGGUGAAGAGAGACAGUGUGUUAACCACUGUACUCUGUCGCCUGUCACAGUUUUGGCCUGUCAGACUAGCGAUGCGUGCUCUCCGUGGGUUUUGGUGGCUGUUGGGUUUCUCCCCUUCAGAUGAGGAUUUUGUUCCUCCAGAAGAGGAUGACAAUACUAGUCCAGCCCGCCACUGUCUAGCAGGCCGCAAGCGUCUGCGUCGAACCACACGCAUCCUGUUGGCCAUCCUGCCUCGCCGUCUGCAGAGCGCCCUGGGCUACCCUGUGUGCACCAGCAUCGGCUGUGCUGUAUCCCCAGAGGUGCUUUGCUCCCCCACUAAGCUCUGUGGGAAAGGCAACAAGAGGAAGCAGGAUGACAUUGAUGACGAUGAGGAGCAGCAGACCUGGGUCGAGGCGCUCUCUCAGGAACUAGAGGAUGAGGAGCCUUCUGUUGAUCCUGACUAUGAGCCGAGUGCAGUGGAUACUGACAGUGAGGAGUAUAACUCUCAAAAUGACACAGAAAGUGACCUUGAUGUUUCAGGGAAGGUCGUGAUCGACGACCUUAAAACGAAUGUUCCUCAGACGGCAUAGUGGAAGGUGUCAUUUCAGGUGCGCCGCCUUCAGUUUUAUCACCACCUGUAAGCCUCCAGUGCCAGUAUUCACUAUUUGCUUGUUUGUAAUUUACUAAAUAAAAC